AACGCACCACAACCACCACGAUCAUCCCGCACACCCCUCCAAACCGAAAAUGCCGCGACCAAAGCGCAACGUCCUCGCGACGAUGGACUCGACACUCACGCCACCAGACACGCUUCCGCCUAGUAACUCUCUUGCCCGCAUCACGAAAGCAGAGGGCAAGAACCUGUACAACGCUGAGCUUCCUGAUGGGACAGAAGUCCUCGUUGAGCUGGAAGCCAAGUUCCGCUCCACAAUUUGGAUAAAGCGGGGCAGUUACGUGCUUGUCGACACUGCGGCAAUGGCAGACCGGGAGAACAAGCUAGAUGGAGAGAUUGUGAACGUGGUGCGCGACGAGAAAGCGUGGAGGAAGAUGGCGUAUUGGCCAAAGGAAUUCGCCAAAAAAUCAACAUACAUCGCCGACAGCGAUGAAGAGGAGUCGACUGUGGGGAAAAUGCCGCCUGCGGACUCGGACGAGGAAUGA